AUGUCGAACCCUGAGCAUCAGUUUCCAUGUGCUAAUGCUGGAAAUCCAGUUUUCUCCUGCACGAUCAAACCAGGAUCUCAUACGUCACCUGAAGAUCCAGCGCUGGCCAGAUCUCUGAACCUGAUGUAUAAAACGACAUCCAGCGACUACGGUGCUCAAUCACCCACGUUUGAGUCCUCGCCCUGUUCCUAUCACCCCAUAUCCCAGACAUUCUCACAGCACCUUGGAUUGUGUGGGAUGUUCCAGGACAAUUCCUUUAAUACCACCUUGGACCACAGAUAUGUGUAUAUCCCAAAUUACAAAACACAAUUUAAGGGAGAGUGA